AUGUUUAAAUUUAAAUAAAGUAAUACUUUAUAUUAUACUAUUUAGAAACAUAAAAUAUUGAAUUAAUAUUUAUAAAUAUAUUUAAAAUUGUUUUUAUCAUCAUGUCUAAAAAUAAAUAGGCUUAAAAAACAGGUUCUUAUUAAAAUAUAUAAAUAUAAGGUCCUCCAACUUCUAAUAUGAAUCAUGGAAUGGGAAUGUCUGGAAUGGGAAUGUCAGGAAUGGGAAUGUCUGGUCUUGGUAUGUCAAAUGGAAUUUAAAGUGGAAUGAAUAUGUCAGGAACUGGUGGGUUCUCAGGAAUUAGUAACUAAUAAAAAUAAUUUGGAAUGUCUAGUAAUAUGUCUGGUAGUAUGGGAUUCUCAAAUAGCUCUGGUUUUAAAUAAUAACCUUAACAGCAAUAAACCUAAAAAAAUAAAUUUGGAUAAUAAUAAGGUAUGGUUGGAAUGAAUAAUAUUUAAUAUGGAAACACAAGUUAGAUGAAUUAAAUGUAAAUGGGAUAAAUGAAUUAAAUGUAAAUGGGAUCUAAUCUUAUGAAAAAAGGAAUGGGAUAAUUAGGUAUGGGAUAAAUGGGAAUGGCAUAGAUGGGAUAAAUGGGAAUGGCAUAAAUGGGUAUGGGAAGUCAAAUUAAUUAUGAAGAUGAUGAAGAUUAAGAGUCUGUACUUUUAGAAGAAGAAAUAGAUGAACAUUAUAGACCUACAAAUUAAGGUAUUCAUUUAAGUAGUUAAAAUAUUAGAAAUUAGAGAAUAUGCUUAUUUUUUAGGAAUGGAAUUACCUGAAGAUAAUGAUCUAUUAUAUAUUGCAAGAGAAGGUUUGAUGGCUCCAUUGCCAGAAUCUUGGUAAUUCUAUAUACAUAUAUAUAUAAGGAAACCUUAUUAAAAUAGAAAUAAAGAAAUCUCUUAUAUUAAUUUAGUUACCAAUUAACAAUAAGAAGAACAUCCUUGUGAUGAAUAUUAUAAGUAAAUGUUUUAAAAAGAAAAAUAAAAAAAAAUUGAGAAAUUGGCAAAAGAUCAAGCUAAAAGUGUUAAAGAAUAACUAUUAGGAAAAGAAAAAGAACCUGAAAUUGCCAGUAAAUAUUUUUAUUUUUAUUUAAAGUUUAACCUAUUGUUAAUUCUGAUGUUUUUAAUAAGGAAUAAGAUCCAUUAUUAAAAUAAACUCAAGAAAAAAAAUUAUUAUAAUAUAGGGAAUAAAAAAAGAAAGAAUUUGAAGAAUAAAAGAAAAAGAUUGAUAAAAAGAUUGAAUAAUAAAAAAAAGAAGUUGAUUAAGAACAUGAAAAGUAAAUAUAAAAAUUAAAAGAAUCUAUUAAAGUAACAUCUGCAAAAUAGAAAUAAGAAUAUGAAGAUAAAUUAAAGAAGUUAAAAGAAUAGGAGGAAGAAUAAAUGUUAGAAUUAGAAUAAUAUGAAAGAGUUUCAAAAGCAAGUUUAGAAAAGACUCUUUAAUAAAGAUUAGAAAUUGAGAAAAAAAAUAUAAAAUAAUAAGAGGAAAAACAAAUGGAAAAGAUUGAUGAGGAAUAUGAAGAAUAAUUUAAAAAUUAAAAAAAAGAAAUUGAAGCAAAAUGUGAAAAAGAAUAUUAAACACUUGUUGAACAAGAAAAAUAGUUACGAUUUGAAACUACUAAUACAGUGUAUGAUGAAGAGAAAGAAUUAGAAAUUUUAAAGUAAAAAUUUAAGGAAGAGGAAGAUAAGAAAUUUGAAGAAUUAAAGAAGGCUAAAUAAAUUUAAAUUGAUGAAUAAAUCGAAUCAUUUAGAAGAUAAGAAUAAGAAAAAAUAAAUCAAGAAUUAUCAAUUUUAGAGGAGGAAUUGUCUAAGGAAAAAAAAACAAAAUAAAAUUUUGAUGAAAGUUAGAUUAAAUAAUAAUUUUAAAAAGAAUUUGAAGAUGAAGAAUAAAGGUUAAAUGAAAAUUUAAAAUAGAAAUUGGAAAUAGAAAAAAUGAAGAUAAAGAAAUAGAUUAAAGAAUAAGAAGCUAAAUAGAGAAAAGAAAUUGAUGAUCAAAUAAAUAAAGAGUUGAGAAUCUUAGAAUAGUAAUUUGAAAUAGAAAAAAAAAGAAAAGAGGAAGAAUUUGAAUUGGAAAAAUAAAAAUUAGAAGAAAAAUAAAAGGAAGAGUUUUAUAGAUAUAAAAAAAAUUUUGAAGAUUCUGCUUAAUAAUAAGAAUAAUAAAUAAGAGAAUUUUUUGAGCAAGAUUAAUUUUCAAAAAAAUAAAAAGAACAAAAUUUAUUAGAGAAUAUUGAAUAAUUAAAAAAGGAAUUAAGUAUAGUUAAAAAUGAAUACAAUAAAAAUAAGUAAGAGGUGGAUGAUUUAUAAAUUCAAUUAUAAUAGACAAGUUAAUCAAUAGAGUAUGGAUAAAUUAUAAAUAAAUAAAAAUUUGAAUUAAAACAAUUAACAUAAUAAGAGAAAUAACUUUUAGAAUAAAUUCAAUAUAAAUAACAAAAGAUUUAAGAAAUAAAAAAGAAUAUCAAUAAUUUUAAUUAUAAUAGUAAAUUAUUUAAAGAAACUAAUUUAUCAUCAUUUGGAUAAUUUGGUAAUCAAAUAGAUAAUUUAAGAAAUAAAAUAUCGAAUAACAAAUCACCUUUUGAAAUAGAAGCUGCAGUUGCUUAAUUAAUGAUUUAAAUAAGAUAAUAAAAAGACUAGUUAUUAGCAGAUUAAAAAAUGGUUUAGAUGGAUUUAGAAAGAUUAAUGAAAUCAAAAUAAGAAAAUCAAGAUUCUUAUAUAGAAAGUAUGAAAAAUACAGGAAGAGCUAAAUUGGAGUAAAUAUAAGAAAAACUAAGAUAAUUAAGGUAUUGAAGUAAAUUAUAUUUUAGUAAAACAGAAUAAUGGGUGAAAGAGAAUUAAUCUGUUCUGAGUUAAUAAUGA